CCUCAGGUGUCUGAAGCAGGAGGACGGAGGAAUGUGACGGGACGAUCCGUGCGCUGCACCGGGCCUCACCCCAACCUCAACCUCUACUGCGGACCAGGUCAUGGAAAUAAAACCUCAGUACCCGACCCGGAGUGGAUUCAAAGUCUGACCGAAGCCUUCAGCUAUGAGGAGGAGCGCGUCCUGGACCCAGGAGAGGAUCUUUGGUGGCAGUUUCUGACAGUUUGGAUCAGUUUGAGUCAGUCCAGGUGUGGCUGCUGUACCUGAGGCUGCGGCGGGUUUGACUCUGUAUUAGUGUAAGAGUUUCUAGAGUUCCUCCGCUUCAGGACGGAUUGUGUGUUUCGGGGGGAUCAACAUGCCGGAGCUGAUCAGUGUGACAGAGUUUAUUGCAGAGACUAAUGAGGACUACAAAGCUCCAACCACCUCCAACUUCACCACCCGGAUGUCCCACUGCAGGAACGCGGUGGCGGGUCUGGAGGAGGCUCUGGACGUGGAGCGAUCAGUCCUGCACAAGAUCAAGAAGUCGGUGAAAGCCAUCCACACGUCUGGUCUGGCUCAUGUGGACUAUGAGGAGCAAUACGUCCAGGCCAUGGAGAAGUUCGGGGACAACUGCGUCUCCAGACAGGACUCCGAGGUUGGCUCCGCAUUCAUCAAGUUUGCCGUCUUCACCAAAGAGCUGACGGCGCUCUUCAAAAACCUGUUGCAGAACAUGAACAACAUCAUCACCUUCCCUCUGGACAGUCUGCUGAAGGGAGACCUGAAAGGAGUCAAAGGGGAUCUGAAGAAGCCGUUCGACAAAGCCUGGAAGGACUAUGAGACCAAACUAGCAAAGAUUGAGAAGGAGAAGAGGGAGCACGCCAAGCAGCACGGGAUGAUUCGGACCGAGUUCCAUGGAGGCGAAAUCGCAGAGGACAUGGAGAAGGAGAGGCGAAUCUUCCAGCUGCAGAUGUGCGAGUAUCUCCUCAAAGUGAACGAGAUCAAGGUGAAGAAAGGCGUCGACUUCCUCCAGAACCUCAUCAAGUAUUUCCACGCUCAGUGCAAUUUUUUCCAGGACGGACUGAAAGCUGUGGAGAGUCUGAAACCCCACGUAGAGAAACUGGCCACAGACCUGACCACGAUUAAACAGACUCAGGAUGGAGAGAGGAAACAGCUGGCUCAGCUCCGAGACGUCCUCAAGGCUUCACUGCAGUCGGAGCAGAAGGAGGACUCCCAGGCGAAGCAGAGCGCAGGUUACAGCCUCCAUCAGCUGCAGGGAAACAAGGCCCACGGCACCGAACGCUCCGGAGUCCUCUACAAGAGAAGUGAGGGACUGAGGAAGGUGUGGCAGAAGAGGAAGUGCUCGGUGAGGAACGGUUUCCUCACCAUCUGCCACGGCACGGCUAACAGACCUCCAGCCAAACUCAACCUGCUCACCUGCCAGGUGAAGCGGAAUCCAGACGAGAAAAAGAGCUUCGAUCUGUUCUCACACGACAGAACCUAUCACUUCCAGGCCGAGGACGAGGCGGAGUGUCAGGUCUGGGUGUCAGUGCUGCAGAACAGCAAGGAGGAAGCGCUCAACAAGGCCUUCAAAGGAGACCAGGACGAGGGAGAGAACAACAUCGUCCAGGAGCUGACCAAGGCCAUCGUAGGAGAGGUGAAGAGGAUGAGCGGCAACGACGGCUGCUGCGACUGUGGAGCGCCCGCCCCCACCUGGCUGUCCACCAACCUCGGGGUGCUGAUCUGCAUCGAAUGCUCAGGGAUCCACAGGGAGAUGGGGGUCCACUACUCCAGGAUCCAGAGUCUGGAUCUGGACGUCCUGGGAACCUCUGAGCUGCUGUUGGCGAAGAACGUGGGAAACGCGAGCUUCAACGAGAUCAUGGAGGCAGACCUAUCGGUGCAGGGCGUAACCAAACCUGAUCCGAGCAGCGACAUGCAGAUGAGGAAGGACUACAUCACAGCCAAGUACACAGAGAAGCGCUUCACUCAGAGGCUUUGUGCCGACGCUGCGUCCAGACUGCAGGUUUUAUACGAGGCCGUCAGGAACAGAGACAUCCUGUCUCUGAUCCAGGUCUACGCUGAGGGUGUGGACCUGAUGGAGGCCAUGUCACAGCCCAAUGAACACGAACUGGGAGAGACGGUGCUCCACCUGGCGGUCCGGAUGGUCGACAGAAACUCGCUCCAUAUCGUCGACUUCCUCGCUCAGAACAGCGCUAACCUGGACAAGCAGACGGCCAAGGGAAGCACUGCGCUGCAUUACUGCUGCCUGACCGACAACAGCGAGUGUCUCAAACUGCUGCUGAGAGGAAAAGCUUCCGUCGCCAUCACAAACGAAGCCGGAGAGACGCCACUGGACAUCGCCAAACGCCUCCGACACACUCAGUGUGAAGAACUGCUGACUCAGGCUCAGACCGGAAAGUUUAACGUCCACGUUCACGUCGAGUACGAGUGGCGUCUCCAGAAUGAGGACCUGGACGAGAGCGAGGACGAGAUGGAGGACAAGCCCAUUCCCAACCGUCGUGAGGAGCGCCCGGUCAGCUGCUUCCUGCCGGGCAGCGGCCCCAUGCAGCCCAACCUGGCGGCGCUGGCCCGGGACGCCGCCAGUCUAGUGCGGGACAAGCAGAGGCCUCAGGUCCCCAGCACCUUAAUCAGUAACGAGACGUACGGCACCAUGCUGGACCUCAACCUGCCGCCACCGGGACCGACACCCCCGCUGCCACCCAGAGUGCCCCACAGAGGUCACAGUAAACCUGCUGCCAUGGAAACCCUAGGAAGACAGCGGUCGUCCUCUGACCCCCCAAACCCUCAGGCCCCUGAGAGGAACUCCUCCAUGUAUGUGCCCCCACCAGCAGCUCCUCCUCCAGUGAACAAGAAGCCCAGUAUGUUGGAGACCAAGACCGUGUCGGCCAGGAACACCCCCCUCCCUCCUCUGCCUACUGCAACAGCACCUGGACUCUCCUCUGUCCCCCCAGCUCCACCAGCCCCACCACCACCCGCCAUCCCACCACCACCCCACUACAAAGCUCCACCUCUUCCCCCACCAGUCCCCGUUCACAAGACCAGCAGACCACCAGGACCAUCAGGACCCAAGACUCCUCAAUCAGCCACCGGAUUGGUGAAACAUCCUCCACAGAGGCCUCCUGUCAGGACUGUAUCUGUGGACAAACGAGGUUCUCAGUCCAAAUCCCCCCAAAGUCCGGCUCCUCCAACACCCAAACCCAGAAGCACCUUCUCUAAGCAGAAGCCUCAGAGAGUGAAGGCCAUCUACAACUGUUCAGCUGAUAAUCCAGACGAGCUGACGUUCAUUGAGGGGGAGGUGAUCGUGGUGGAGGGGGAGGAGGACAGCGAGUGGUGGUUCGGUCACAUUGAAGGAGAGCCGACCAGACAGGGCGUGUUUCCUGUCACCUUCGUUCACUUCAUCACAGAGUGACAUCAGGUGUGAACGGAGACAAUUCCCGCCUCCUGUUGUUCGACGGCACGGCGCAGUCUGAGCAGAAACAAGCAGGACAAAGACUCAGAGUCUUCGCCCUCCUCCUGGAUCAACGAGGGAGCUCGAGCUCGACCCGAGACCCAAAAUUUAAAUGAACUAAAACAGACUGAAGCUGCUUUUUCUGCCACUUGAUGCCUUCAUUUCCUCUCAGAUGUUGCAAAUUUAAACCGUGAGAUCUGAGCUCAUAUUGUUUUUGUCUGUGUUGCUUUCAAACUCACAGAACUUUAUUUUUAAAUUCUAGUGGAGAUCUGAAACUUUCGAAAAAGAUCCCAAAUCUGUCAGGUUAAAUUCACUGGAAAUAUGUUUAAUACGAUGCAGCAGAAAUAAAGAAAAAACGUGGAAUGAAUUGAAAUAUUUAUCUCGGUGAAAACUUCACAGAGCUUCAGUGAAGAGCUGCAACAACAUGAUACAUGAUAUACACUGUAUGGCCAAAUGUAUGUGGACAGUAGAGGCUCUUAUAGUGUCACAAUCUUGUUUCAGGAGCUGUCCUCAUACUUUUGGCCACGUCUGUGAUACAACUUGUGCUGCUGGUAUCAAACCUGUGACGUUACAACCCAGAAAUCCUCUGAUCUGAUCUGUGUUUUCUGUUUUGAUCACAAAUGUCUGUGAUUCCAGUUUUGGCUGGAAAAUGAUUUUUAUAGUUUUAACUUGUUUUGCUGAAGGGCUGCAAGUUCACUGUAUUAGCUGGAGGGUAAAAUACAAACGUCCACUUUGAUUUUACUUUACUCUUAAAAGCACUGUGCCAUUAAAAACAUGAAAAUACUCCUUUAAAAUAA